AUAAAUAAUAAAACAGUAUCGUAUAUUAUAGGCUAAAUGAUUAUUGUGUAAUAAUAAAGCAACGAUUUCUCUUUUAAUUACUUAAUAAUCAUAAACUAUUUUUAUAGCAAAACCACAAUCCACACACUAUGGACGAAAGUAGUGCGAACGCAAGGCCGUUUGUUCCAUUCACGUGACAGCCGAAUGCCGUGGAUAUGCACGUGUCACGGAGAAGAAACCCGAUGGCAUGGACGUUAUUCUAAACUGGAUGUUCUCCAGGCAAAUAAAUUAUGGAAUUACAUGCAAAUGGGACACACGAUUGAAAAGGCCGACGUGAUUCUAGUUUGUGGAAGCAAUGACACGCGUACAGCCGAGUUCGCUACACAAAUGUACCGCGAUGGAUUGGCGGACUGGCUUCUCUUUUCAGGAAACGAAGGCUUACUCACAAAGGGAAAAUGGACUCAACCGGAGGCCAAAGUUUUCGAAGAAGUUGCUGUCGGCCUUGGGGUACCAAAAGAAGUGAUAAUCGUCGAGCCACGUGCCACCAACACCGGGGAAAACAUGCUGUACUCUCACAGAGCACUGGAGAGGGCGGGUCUAACACCGACGUCAAUCAUCCUCGUACACACACCGUACAUGGAACGCAGAACGUAUGCGACCUUCAUGAAGCAGUACCCAGGAGCAGACAACAUGAGGGCGUCAGUGACGUCACCAAAAAUGACUCUGGAGGAGUACCCCAACGAGGACGUGGGAUCCCUUGAUGACGUCAUCGAUGUCCUGAUUCGCUGUUUGACAAGAAUUAAAGAUUACCCGCAAAUGGGAUUUCAGAUCCAUCAGGAGAUCCCGGAUAAUGUAUGGAAAGCCUACAGACAUUUGUUGAAGAAAAACCAAGACAGUCACACACUGAUGCAACUGCGACUGUGCUGUAGGCCUACGUAGUAUUAGGCGGUCACUUUAGGGAACAAUAACAAAAUAUGCACCUGUUUUAUUGUUUAAGAAAUAAACACAGAGAGCCGUGCCUAGAGGGGCACAGGACAAGAAGCGAUCGCCCCAACAGCAAAAUGCAAAUAUGUGCCCUCUUUAAUUGCAGGGGCGGAUUAUUAUGGGUGGGUGUACCCAGUUGCAUGGACACCCCCCCCCCCCCCCCCCC